AUGGCGGGCGUUCGGCUCAGGGAUGUACGUUGGGAGAAAGCCCCAGGUUCCGGCAUCUGUCAUGGUCGGCUGCCAGUAUCUCCAGGUACACGAAAUGCCUCAACUCAACACGGGACAGAGGGCACACUGGAGGAGUCGAGAGUCUGUCCGACCAGAUUGUGGGUGACCAAAACGAAGCGAUCGGACGGCUACCCAUGCCGGAUUUCUCUUGCCGCUGAAGGCGGAAUCGUUGAUCGAAGAGAACGGGUGUACCUGGAGAUGCUGAUCUCGUACGUGAAGGACGCCGGAACCAAAGGUUUUCUCCACGCGUGUUUCUGGGCCGUGCCCCCUCUUAAGCGAGGGUCGUACCUUUUCAACAUGCUUCCCAAUAAUAUGGUGACCUUCGCUGAUAUGGCGCUUUGUCUAGUGGUGAGCGGCGGACGAUCAUGCCUGCAAGAUUACAUGAUGUGGAAACUGUUUGCCCCAGAAGAACAGCUUGGGUCAUCGUGA